AUGUCAAUAACGCAGGCCACACAGACAGACACACAUGAAUUUCAUGCUGACGCGGAAUGUAUAUAUUUUACAGAGUCUCUGAAUCAUCCUUCUAAUAAUAAGAUUCUCUCACGAGGUAAAAAUGAUUCCGCGUCUUCACGACACCUGCCUAAUUCUAAUGCUAGCAAAUCUGCUCCGCCUUCCUUAGAGGAAUUCAUUAUGAAACGUGAUUAUACCGGAGCGAAGGUCUUCUUGGAGUUCACUCUCGACUCUGAAGAACAGGAUAAACAAAUCAUCAUUGAGCAGUGGUUGGCUUUCUGUUACUUUCACUUAGGUGAUUACCAGCAAGCUCUGGAUCAAUAUCAACAUAUACAACAAUUAGAACCAGCCGUGGAGGAUCUUAGCCUUAAUAGAGCAGUUUGCAUGUUUUACUUGGGCAUGUAUGAAGACGCUCAAAAUUUAAUCGAACAAAUACCCAACACAGCUUUGAAGCUACGUUUAAUGUUUCAUUUAGCUCACAAGUUUAAUAAUGAAGAGGAAGUAAUGAACUUAUUGGAGACGUUUCAACUUCAAGUAGAGGAUCAGCUGAGUGUAGCCUCCAUGCAUUACUUAAGAGCCCACUAUCAGGAAUCUGUGGAUAUUUACAAACGCUUACUACUUGACAAUAAGGACUAUACCGCCAUUAAUGUUUAUUUGGCAUUGUGUUUUUAUAAAAUGGAUUACUACGACAUGGCCCAAGAAGUUUUAGACGUUUAUCUAACUAAGUAUGCAGACAGCACUAUCGCUAUUAAUCUGAAGGCGUGCAAUCGUUUUCGCUUAUUUAGCGGUCGCGUAGCUGAGCAAGAAAUUAAGAAUAUCUCGGACAAUGGUACAUUUGGUGCUGAUUUGAUACGUCAUAACCUGGUAGUAUUUCGUAACGGUGAGGGGGCUCUGCAAGUUUUGCCUACGCUACUGAAUAUUAUACCAGAAGCCAGACUAAAUUUGGCUAUUUACUAUCUGAAAAAUGGUGAAGUUCAGGAAGCUCAUUCUCUUUUGAAAGAAAUGCAGCCCACGAUACCUCAUGAAUAUAUAUUGAAAGGAGUUGUACAUGCGUCUCUGGGUCAACAAUUGAAAUCGCAAGAGCAUAUAAAAACCGCUCAACAAAAUUUACAUUUAGUGGGCAGCUCAACGGCUGAAUGUGAUACUAUACCAGGACGUCAAGCUAUGGCUUCAGCCUUCUUUUUGUAUGGGCAAUUCGAAGAAGUUUUGGUUUACAUGAACUCGAUACGUAGCUAUUUCGUAAAUGAUGAUAUAUUCAAUUACAAUUUUGCUCAAGCGAAAUGCGCCACAGGUUGUUAUAAAGAAGCCGAAGAGUUGCUAACGCAAAUAAAUGACAUUGAUAUGAAAAAUCAACAUACAUAUUGCAUGAUCCUAGCGAAGUGUCACAUACAUUGCGGAUGUCCAGAGCUAGCUUGGAAUAUUUUUAUAACACGUAACUCAAGUUCGGAAGCAUUUUUAUUAUUACAAAUGAUAGCGAAUGAAUGUUAUAAAUGUGGAGAAUUCUGGGUGGCCGCCAAAGCCUUCGAUAUGCUAGAAAAAUUGGAUCCUAGUCCUGAGAAUUGGGAAGGUAAACGUGGUGCUUGUGCUGGUGUUUUGUAUGGCCUAGUAACCAAAUAUGAAAAGAGUCGCCCUCACAACGGCAUUGCCGAUGUUAUAGGCCUUUUAAGAGAUUCCUCUAAUCCUCAGGCUGAAUCAAUGAUUAAAGUUAUACGCAAGAACGCUAAUUUACUGAAAUGAAUUCGACGCAACUACCACGGAUUAUGUUCUACGAAAUUACAUGAUAGUAUAUAUA